CUCGCUGCCGUUUACGUUUUGUAACACUGAAUGUUAAUAUUCAUUGCAGAAGCAAACACGAAAUACCUGCAUUGGUCGAGCGUUGCGUUUUUUAGAGAGAGAGGUGCGGUUUCUCAUGAAUAACCCAAUUGCAUUCGGCAACAAUCCGGGGAAUUGGGUCAGACGCAUGAGAGUGGCUGUGCGUAGUUGAUAUUGGGGCAAGGCGAAGUUAAGCAGAAAAGGAAACACAAAUAGCCUAGCUACAGACGGAGAUAACGAGGCUGCGAAGUGGAUCGUAUUUAUUUCACACAGGACACAGGAAGAAUCUUACUUUCUGCUAAGCUAGCAACUGUCCAAACAAAAGAUGCCCGGAGAGUCGACGGUCACGGUAAUCGUGGACUCUGGUCCACCGAGUUCAUUUCCCGUUGUAUUGAAGAAGAUCAUGGAAAACCCCCCACCGAAUAUACUCGAAGAGGACAACGACGGGAAAGACAAAGAUAAGCUGAGCGAGACUGAUGAUGGAGAUUGUGGCGGAGGGGGCAGCGGUGGGUUGGGGCCGUCUGCCGCCCUGACCCCUGCUAUUUGGGACAAGACCAUCCCGUACGACGGUGAGACGUUCCACCUGGAGUACAUGGACCUGGAUGAGUUUCUGCUGGAGAACGGCAUCCCGGCGUCCUUAGAGGAGGAGCUACAGAAGAGCCUGAGUAAGGAUGGCACCCAGGGGGCAACAGAACAGGCUAUGCCCGCCCAGGAGAAACCCGCCACCCUGGCACCUCCCAUUGGCAGCCUCAUGCCCAUCAUGGCACUCGACCAGGACGAGGAGGCGGAGCUGGUGACCAUCACCGUGUCCGACUCGGGCAGUGACGACACAGCUCCAAAGAGUGCAGAGGACGGCACAGAGCAGGACCGUGCCACUCCCUCCCCGAUCGAUCCGGACGACAUCGAGGUGGAGAUCAACUUCCAGCCGGACCCCACGGACCUCGUGCUUUCCAGCGUGCCGGGGGGGGAGCUGUUCGACCCGCGCAAACACCGCUUCACCGAGGAGGAGCUCAAACCCCAGCCCAUGAUCAAGAAGGCUAAGAAGGUGUUUGUGCCUGAGGACCAGAAGGAUGAAAAGUACUGGCAGAGGAGGAAGAAGAACAAUGUGGCGGCCAAGCGCUCGCGUGACGCCCGUCGGCUCAAGGAGAACCAGAUCACAGUGCGGGCCGCUUUCCUGGAGCGAGAGAACGUGGCGCUGCGGCAGGAGGUGGCCGAACUGCGGAAGGACUUCGGCCGCUGCAAGAAUGUGCUGACCCGCUACGAGGCCAAAUUCGGACCACUAGCUCCAGUGCAGGCAGAGGUGGAGGACCUGUAAGCGUUUAUUGAUUUAUUGAUUUAUUUGUGGCGGAGGUGAAAUAAAUGAAUAAAUAAAUAAAUGAGUGGA